AUGAGCCGCAGCCCGGAGAGGAUCUCGUCCUACCGCCGUCACUUUGAGGACAGCAGCAGCUCGUCCUACCAGGUCAGGGUGUCCAGCCCAUCCCCCACCAGGAGAGACGCCCGUCAUGCCUCCGCCGGUUACUCCUGCAGAGCCGGGGCCCGCGGCAUGCGUGUGGAGUCAGUGGGACGGAGGACCGCCUCAGCUGCACGCAGGACUCGCAUGGCCGGAGCAGGGGUGAGUGUGGGAGCCAUGGUCUGUGUUGGGCCAAGUGGAGAAGUUCCUAUGGAUCUGGAUGUGGCUGCAGCCGAAAACCAAGAAUUCCUCAACACCCGCACAACUGAAAGACAGGAGAUGAUCGUCCUCAAUGACAGACUGGCUGUAUACAUUGACAAGGUGCGCUCACUCGAGCAGCAGAAUAAGCUUCUGGAAACGGAGAUCGAGGCCUACCAAAACCGCUUUGAGAAUCCAUCCGGUCUGCGCCUCCUGUAUGAGGAGCAGCUGAGGGAGCUGAAAAAGAUCGCCGACCAGAUGAGAGUUCAGCGGGACAUUUCCUUGGCGGCUAAGAAGUCCACAGCUGCUCAACUGGAGGCAAUCAAAAUCAGAUACCAGGAGGCAGUGGAGCUGAGGAGGAAAGCUGAGUUAGACAUCGAAACCUUCCGUCCAGAUGUUGACAAAGCCACCUCCUCGCGCAUUGCCUUGGAGAAGAAGCUGGAGCAGAUGGAAGUUGAAAUUGAAUUCCUCAAGCGGGUCCAUCAACAGGAAAUCGAGGAGCUCAUGAAUCGGAUCUACUCGGCUCACGCAUCAGCUCAGAGUGCAUUCGCCCUUCCUGACCUGGCAGCUGCUUUGAAACAAAUCCAAACGCAGUACGAUGACAUCGCAGCCAAAAAUCUGAAGGAGAUGGAUUCAUGGUACAAAAACAAGUUUGAAGAUCUGACCAGUAAGACGUCAAGGCACGUGGAUAGGGUUCGAAGCGUUAGAGAUGAAAUAGCAGGUGCCAGAAAGGACAUCCAAAGCAAAGAACGUGACUUGGAUGCCAUGAGGAGCAAGAAUGAAGCUCUGGAGGCCAAGAUCCGAGAGACACAAGAAAAGUACAAGAAGGAACUGGAAGACCUGCAGGCUCGGAUUGAGGCCCUGCAGCUUGAGCUGAAAACCACAAAGACUAAAAUUGCACUGCACCUGCGCGAGUACCAGGACCUUCUGAAUGUCAAGAUGUCUCUUGAGAUUGAGAUUACAACAUACAGAAAACUUAUUGAAGGAGAGGAUCUGCGACUCUCUGACAUGAUGCAAACCCUGUCCCUUACCAGCUGUAGCAUGGGCGCCAUUGGUGGUGGGAUGAGCUUCAGUGGAGGAGGAGGAGGAGGAGGAGGAGGAGGAGGAGGAGGAGGAGGAGGAAGCUUGGGGGGUGGAAGGGGUCACGGGAUGAUGGGAGGUAGUGGUGGAGGUGUUGGAGGCAUGGGGAUUGGAGCAGGAAUGGGUGGGGACAUGGCUCAAGGCAGUGGGGCUGGAGGAAUGAGUGGAAGAAUGGGUGCUGGUGGUCCGGAUGACAACAAGGGUCCUACUGGAAGGACAGGAGGGGCAGACAUUAGUGGUGUUCAUGGAUUGGGAGCUGGGGUUGGAGGUGUAGGAGCUGGUGCUGGGGGGGGUGGUGCUGGCAUUGGGGGGGUAGGCACUGGGGCUGGAGGUGUGGGCAGUGGUGCUGGAGGUGUGCGCACUGGGGCUGGAGGUGUGGGCAGUGGUGCCACAGGUUUGGGCAGUGGUGCUGUAGGUGUGGGCACUGGUGCUGGAGGUGUGGGUGUUGAUGGAAAUUUGGGAUUCAGCACCGGAGGCAACGGUGAGUAUGGUGUUGGAAUGGGUGCAGAUGGUGGCACUGCAGGUUUGGGUGGCAUGAGCGGCACUGGCAUGGGGUUUAGUGUAGGAAAUGGCGGUGUUGGUAGAGAGACGGGUGAUGGGAUUGGCAGAGGCAGAGAUGGAGGUAAAGAUCGUGGAAUGGGUUCUAAUGGGAUGGCUGGCGGAAUCGGAGGCACUAGAGGAAAUGAGGAUGUCGGGGGAGGUGUUGCACUGUCAGGCCUUGGUGGAAUGGGGAAGACUGGUGGAGGAAUGGGUGACACUGGUGGGGCCGGGAUGGGAUAUGGAUCCAAUGGUUAUGAUGGCAACAAUGAGCCCUACGCAGAGCAGGCUGUGGAGCUGACGGAGAGGAGGACGGUACUCAUUAGAACGGUUAAAAAUGAGGAUCAGGUGCUGGAAAUGGACCACCAGGAACAGACCUACAUCAUCUCCGGUGCAGCCGACGACUCCGACGAGGAAUGA